GCGCUGAACAACGAGGCAGGUCCCGCGCCUUCGGCGCGCUUUCUGUUUUUUCCGCUGUGCUUUCAGCUCUUCAGCAAGACCCAUCGGGUAGAGUGCCCUGAUUGAAGGAGCACCAUUAUCGCUCCGUCGUCAUCGUCUUGAAGAUCAUGGCAACCGUAGCAGUAUCCGUCCAAGCCGUUUUAGCGGUUUUUGUCGUUUUCUGCGGCGUUGCUGGCGCCAUGAUGCCGGGCCAAUAUGGUUCCCAGCCCCCUUCCCCAUAUAUGCAAGGUCUGCUGGGUGGCGGCGCUACGCCGCUAGGAGGCGGAAUGGCGCCCAGCGCGGUACCGAGAGCGGCAACUAUGUCUGGUGCGGCGGUUGCUGGGCCGGACAUCGCUGCAAUGUUACUCCAGAUGCAACAAGACCUGGCCGGGGUCCGCGCGCGCCUAAAUAGUCAAGGUGCGACCUCGGGUCCGGAAUACGAUUUGCGCGCGCUGACGGAGGAUUUUGCGUCGCCUCAAGUGCAGCGCUCUCCAGCCGGGUCGCGGUUUCCGUUUCCCGACUAUGUUCUGCACAAUUUGCCGGGAACCAUGACGGUGGAUAAUCUGGUUUUGCAUAAUUUUCGGGCAAUUCCUGAGUGGCAGGAGUUAGAGCACUCGCAGAGGGGUCAUCCUGAUCGUGCGGGCUCGUUAGUUUAUGAGUUUAGCAUUCUGAUUACUUUGCUUGGCGUCUUGGAGAUGGUGCGGUCCGGUUUGACUAUGAUUCGCCGCUUUUUCGGAUAUUCAAAUUUACCUCAAGAGUGGGUUGUCGCCCUGACCUGCGCCUCUGAUACCUUGCUGUAUGAUGUGGCUUGGAUGCAUAACCUUAUUUCGGCCCGUAUCAAUUGUUUGGUGGAAUUUAGCCGUAGGGGCCGUGAUGGCCUCGUUGCCCUGCACCAGCGUUACUUUGCGCCUUCGGAGCGGCCGCUGGUGGAUGCUGUUACCCGUGAGUUUGACGAGGAGUAUGCUAAGCAGCGGGCAAAAGUGACUCUUAAGGUCCUGGCAGAAAGGGAGGCCUUUUCAUCGAUCAGGCCGUAA